AUGCCAGAUUCCACACCCACGCCGGACGCUGUACGCCCAGCCGUGCCCGACGCCGGCGCCGCGGUCGGCCUGCCGCCCGUCACGCCGGGGUUUGCCGACCACGUCUUUGCGGUCGAGGAGGGCGUCGAGCUGCCGCUGCGCUUCUGGUCGGGCGGGGACGGUCGUCGACCAUGGCUCAUCUGGUUCCACGGCGGCGGGUUCGUAGGCGGAAAGUGGUCAACCCCGCAUGCUUGGAUCGUCCCCGCCUUCACCCAGCGAGGGUACCACGUCGUCUCGGUCGGGUACCGCCUCGCGCCCGAGGCCUCGCUGGAGCACCAGCUUGCCGACGCCGUCUCGGCUCACAAGUAUGCUCUGCAGAACCUGCCUGUCGAUGCGCAGCGCUGCGUCGCGGGCGGCGACUCAUCCGGGAGCAUCCUCAGCCUGCUCGCUGGGUUCAAGUACGAUCCCAAGCCUGCAGCCGUCCUCAACCUGUACGGCUGUGCCGACAUGCUCGACCCCGUAUGGCGUGCGCCGCCUUCAGACGGGAGCAAUGCGUACAUGCUCAAGCAGGGCGAUGCCGAGCUCGAGCGGCAGACAGGCAGUCGCGACCUCGCCAAAGCCCUCGUCCAGUGCCCGUGGGAACACGAGAUCCCGCCAGCCGUCCCGCUCGAGGCGACGCGCGCGCACCUCGGCCAGCCUGGGUUCGAGGUCGACGACGCGCUGAUACGCCGCAUCGACCUCGCAACGUACAUGUACUCGCAUGCGCGGCUGCCCGACGUGCUGUACCGGCGCGAGGAGUAUAGCAGCGAACAAGCGAUGCUGGCCGCUGCCGAGGCGCUGUCCCCGCUGCAGAUGGUGCAAAAGGCCACGACAUACCCGCCAACGUACAUCAUGCACGGCACAAAGGACACUUGCGUGCCGCUGCGGGAGAGUACAGAGUUUGCAGACAGGCUACGCGAGAUUGGCGUCGCUGUCGCCGAGGAUUAUCCCGAGGCGGGGCAUGUGUUUGAUACUUGGAGGAGCCCCAACGAAGAAGGGUGGCAGCGCCAUGUCCCUCCCUGCCUCGACUUUCUCGACAAACACGUCAAGUGAGCGGCAAGACGGCGCGCGCGACGCGCGCAUGCCCACCUGGUGAUCUGCGCGUCGUCUCCAACGCGUCUUGGCCCGAGGCGUCGUCUGAAUCAGCAGCAGUAGGCGGCGCAUAGAGCGCGCAGCGUGUGGUAGAAGCGUCUCGGGCGUAAGCCCCAAUGCCGCUGAUAGCACGGAGGUGGGCGGCUUGCCG